AAGCUUUGAGAUGGAAAGAGGAUCCUUGAAUGCACCCAAUGCAAAUUCUGUGAAAGAUAAAGGGAAAAGUGAAGACCUCAAGGGCAAAGCAUCUUGUAGCGCAGAAGUAAUUGUAGAUCAGUGUGUUGAUGUCAUGUUCAUCUGUAGCGAGUGGGGCUCCUCAAAAGGUGGAUUAUCAACGUUUAACAGGGAACUUGCUUUGAAUCUAGCAAAGUAUUCAAAAGAAAGAAUCAGGGUUCACUGCUUUGUUUGCCAAAGUACAGAAGAAGAACGACAAGAUGCAAGCAGCAAUGGAAUCCACUUAAUCAAAGCACAGCGCCCUCCUGGAUCUAGUGAUCCACUUGAAUGGAUUCGACAUCCGCCAUCAGAGCUUCCCAAUCCUGACAUCAUUGUUGGCCACGGUAGAAAGUUUGGUGGUGCGGCCUAUUCCAUUCGACAAAUAACAGGCUGUAAGUGGAUACACUUUGUACAUGUGUUUUGUGAGGAUCUUGGAAAAUACAAGCUGGAAUGCAGCAUUACAGCUGAUGCAAUUGCAGAUAACGAAGAGAAGAACAGACGAGAACUGGAGCUGUGCAAAGCAUCUGACUCAGUUGUCGCAGUAGGCUCCCUACUACAAGGUAAAUAUCAAAGAAGUCUGCCAGAUUUUGAAAUAGAAGUCAUUACUCCGGGGAUUUUCCAAAAGUAUGUCAAUCUAGCAGCAAGGAAAUCAAGUAAAUUUGAAUCAUCAGGAGAAGAUGAGUUUCACAUCUUCAUGUUUGGUCGUGGAAGCUUUGAGGACUUUGAACUGAAAGGAUAUGAUAUAAUUGGUAAGGCUGUGGCUUCACUAGAAAGAAAAUUUGAGCUCACUUUUGUUGGUGCACCACAAGAUCAACAACGGAAGAUCGAAAAAUGGUUCCUGGAGGAAACAAAAAUAACACGGAGUCAACUAACCAUCAGAGGCUUUUGUAAUUACGAAGAAAUGAGAGAGAUGUUUCGUCAAGCGGAUGUAGUUGUGAUGCCAUCCCGCACUGAGGGCUUCGGGCUGGUGGCCCUAGAGGCCAUAUCAGCUGGUGUGCCUGUACUGGUCUCCAGGGAAUGUGGUAUAGCCAAAGCCCUUCAAACUGUGGAUGGUGGGAUGGCUGUGGUCAUCCCCUCAGCUUCACCAGAGGAAUGGGCAAAAAAAAUCCAAGAGCUAUCACAGCAAACACCAGAUGAGAGGUAUGCCUCUGCCCUGCAUCUGAGAGGGAAUUAUGGGAAGAGGUACCACUGGAAGGAGGAAUGUGAAAAGUUUAUGAAGAUGAUUCUGCAGUUGGCUCCCAGUCCCACUCCUAAGGAGACUGUAUUCACAGAAAAGGCUCCAUGCAGUUCAAAUGAUAAAGAACAAACACAAAGGAAGGAGGUUUUCACAGGAACUGGUGAUCUUCCACACAGUGGCCUUGAAGUUGGGAAAAGAGAUGGAAGGGAACAAAGUGAGUCUGCACCAGAUCCAGACACUUCAGAUAAAACAACAGAACAAACAAGAGAAAGAAGGACAGGUGGGCAAGGGGAAGUUUUCGCUGCAGAUCAAGACACCUCAAAUAAAACAAGAGAAAAAACAAAGGGAGACAAGAAAAAAGUUCAAGCAGCAGCCUUAGACACUUCAAAUGAAACAAGAGGACAAACACAGGGAGAUGAGGGAGUAGUGCAAGCAGCAGAAAAGGCUCCAUGUAGUUCAAAUGAUAAAGAAGAAACACAAAGGAAGGCGGUUUUGGUGGCAACUGGCAAUCUUCCACACAGUGGCUCAGAAGUUGGGAAAAGAGAAGGAAGGGAACAAAGUGAGUCUGCACCAGCUAAGCAGAAUGUAUUAAAAACUGAAGAGACAAAGAAGAACUUGUUAAGUGGAUUUUUGCAAUCAAUUGCCUGCAAAUUCAGAAGGACAGACAAAAUCAAAAUGCAAGAAAUGCUGGAAGAAAGUGAAAGGGGUAAAGCUCUACACAGCUCCCUAAACUGUGAAGAAACAGAGGGGAAUAAAAAAGGAGAGUCUGUACCAGGUCUGUAAAGUUUGCAUUGCAUGUUACAUUUAGGAAUAUUGUAAUUAGACUGUAACUGUCAGGAGAAUUAUGAGGAAUAAAUCAGUAAAUCAGGUAUGCCACAGAAAAGUUCUUAAAAAAAUUAAAAGAAAUCUGGGAAAUCAACUUUUCAUU